UGGUACGGUCCGUGUUGUGAAGCGGCGCCGUGUCUCUCGCUUCACUUUGGGUUAAGUCCGCGUCCCCCUCCCCGGGAAAUGAAGGCGUGCGGUGCUUUGGUUCUGGCCGUGUGACACCAGGGGGAUGCUGGAGGGUUUGUGAGCCGAGCCGCCGGGCUGCUGGAAAUCAUGUUCCCCUCGGCAGCGGCGGAACUGAACGGAGGCUGCUUCCACUCCGCCCGCCUAUCUCGUUAAGGAGCGCGGUCCGCAUGAGAGAGGCUCCUCCGCGGCAUUCCAGACGGGCUUCCGACAUCGCUUGACGGCUCCACGCCGCCUCCUCCGCCGCCGCCGCUGCAGGGAGCACAACCUACGAGCUUCUAGCCGCUUGACAGGUGCCGUCGCUCGGCUCUUCUCGGAGAGAGAUGCCGCCCGUCCAGAGGACAAUGUCCGAUCUUCGCUCUCGGGCGGAGGAACGAACAGGAUAUGAAAAGACAGAGGACACGACGGAGAAGACGUCGCUGGCUGACCAAGAGGACGCCCGGCUUAUAUACCUCAACCAGCCGCAGUUCACAAAGUUUUGCAGCAAUCGUGUCAGCACGGCCAAAUAUAACGUUCUCACCUUUCUCCCUCGGUUCCUCUACUCGCAGUUCAGGAGGGCAGCCAAUGCCUUCUUUCUCUUCAUUGCACUCCUGCAGCAAAUCCCAGAUGUGUCCCCCACUGGUCGCUGGACCACACUGGUGCCGCUGCUCUUCAUUCUGGUUGUAGCCGCUGUCAAGGAAAUCAUUGAGGAUCUGAAACGGCACAAAGCGGACAACGUUGUCAACAAAAAGGAAUGUCAAGUCUUAAGGAACGGCGCCUGGGAGAUUGUGCACUGGGAGAAGCUGGCUGUUGGAGAAGUAGUCAGAGCUGCAAACGGGGAUCAUCUCCCGGCUGACCUCGUCAUUCUCUCGUCCAGUGAACCACAGGGCAUGUGCUACAUUGAAACGUCUAACUUGGAUGGGGAAACGAACCUUAAAAUCAGACAGGGUCUCCAAGUGACCGCAGACAUAAAGGAGAUCGAAAACCUGGUGCGGCUGUCGGGGCGGAUGGAAUGUGAAAGCCCAAACCGGCACCUGUACGAGUUCGUCGGAAACAUCCGCCUGGAUGGGCACAGCACCGCUCCUCUGGGUCCAGACCAGAUCUUACUGAGAGGAGCCCAGCUGAGGAAUACCCAGUGGGUCCACGGUGUGGUGGUCUACACAGGGCAUGACACUAAACUCAUGCAGAAUUCGACACGGCCUCCUCUGAAGCUCUCCAACGUGGAGCGCAUCACCAACUUCCAGAUCCUCGUGCUCUUCGGCUGCCUGCUGGCCAUCUCCCUCGUCUGCUCCAUCGGCCAAACCAUCUGGAAGUACCAGUACGGCGACGACGCCUGGUACAUGGACCUCAACUCUCCAGAUGGCGGGGCUGCUAACUUUGGCCUCAACUUCCUCACGUUCAUUAUCCUGUUCAACAACCUGAUACCCAUAAGUCUGCUGGUCACACUGGAGGUCAUCAAAUUCAUACAAGCCUUUUUCAUCAACUGGGACACCGACAUGCUGUACGAGCCCACAAACACACCUGCCAUGGCCCGCACAUCCAAUCUAAAUGAAGAAUUAGGCCAGGUGAAAUACAUUUUCUCUGACAAGACGGGAACGCUGACCUGUAAUGUGAUGCAGUUUAAGAAGUGCACCGUUGCCGGCGUGGCCUAUGGCCAUGUCCCUGAAGCUGAGGAGGGUAGUUUUGCAGAAGAAGACUGGCACAGCACGAACUCAUCAGAGGAGGCUGGAUUUAAUGACCAGAGCUUACUGGAAAACCUCCAAAGCAAUCACCCUACAGCUGCUGUUAUCCUGGAGUUCAUGACCAUGAUGGCCAUCUGUCACACUGCAGUCCCUGAGCGCGUGGAUGGAGAAAUCAUCUACCAAGCUGCUUCUCCAGACGAAGGAGCUCUUGUGAGAGCGGCCCGAACCCUCGGCUUUGUGUUUUCUGGACGGACCCCCGACAGCGUGAUUGUGGAACUACUCGGAAGCGAAGAAAAGUAUGAGCUGCUUCACGUGCUGGAGUUCACAAGCACGAGGAAGAGGAUGUCGGUCAUCAUGCGCACCCCAUCUGGGAAGAUUCGCCUCUACUGCAAAGGAGCCGACACGGUGAUCUAUGACCGUCUGGCAGACAGCUCAAGGUACAAAGAGAUCACAUUAAAGCACCUGGAACAGUUUGCCACCGAGGGCCUGCGCACGCUGUGCUUUGCGGUGGCAGACAUCAGCGAGUCGUCCUAUCAGCACUGGCAGGAGCUCCACCACCGGGCCAGCACCUCCAUUCAGAACAGAUCCCUGAAACUGGAGGAGAGCUACGAGCUGAUAGAGAAGAACCUGCAGCUCCUUGGGGCCACGGCGAUAGAAGACAAGCUCCAGGAUAAGGUGCCCGAAACUAUCGAGACGCUCAUGAAGGCCGACAUCAAGAUCUGGAUCCUGACGGGGGACAAACAGGAAACAGCCAUCAAUAUCGGACAUUCCUGCAAACUCCUCACCAAGAACAUGGGCAUGCUUGUGAUUAAUGAAGACAGUCUGAAUGCAACAAGAGAGACCCUAAGCCACCACUGUGGACAGCUGGGAGAAGCCAUCUACAAGGAGAACGACUUCGCUCUCAUUAUUGAUGGAAAGACUCUUAAAUACGCUCUUACGUUCGGCGUGCGCCAGUACUUUCUGGACCUGGCCUUGUCCUGUAAAGCCGUUAUUUGUUGCAGGGUUUCUCCUCUUCAGAAGUCAGAGGUGGUUGAGAUGGUGAAGAAACAAGUGAAGGUGAUCACUUUGGCCAUCGGGGACGGCGCCAACGACGUAGGGAUGAUCCAGACGGCUCAUGUCGGGGUGGGAAUCUCCGGCAACGAGGGUUUGCAGGCGGCAAACUCCUCCGACUACUCUAUAGCGCAGUUCAAAUACUUGAAGAAUCUGCUGCUCGUCCACGGGGCCUGGAAUUACAACCGCGUUGCCAAAUGCAUCCUGUACUGUUUCUACAAGAACAUCGUUCUCUAUAUUAUUGAGAUCUGGUUUGCAUUCGUCAAUGGCUUCUCUGGACAGAUCCUCUUUGAACGCUGGUGUAUCGGCUUGUAUAAUGUGAUCUUCACUGCCUUACCCCCUCUUACCUUGGGGAUAUUUGAGCGCUCCUGUAGGAAAGAAAAUAUGCUGAAAUACCCAGAGCUCUACAAAACCUCCCAGAAUGCAAUGGGUUUCAACACCAAGGUCUUCUGGGCCCAUUGUCUGAACGGCCUCUUCCACUCCGUCAUCCUCUUCUGGUUCCCCCUGAAAGCCUUCCAGCAUGAUACGGUGUUUGGCAGCGGACAAACUCCAGACUAUCUCCUCUUAGGAAAUAUGGUCUACACAUUUGUCGUCAUCACAGUCUGCCUCAAAGCCGGUCUGGAGACGUCAUCCUGGACCAUGUUCAGUCACAUCGCCAUCUGGGGAAGCAUCGGCCUGUGGGUGGUGUUUUUCAUCAUCUACGCCUCCCUGUGGCCCCUCAUUACCCUGGCACCCGACAUGUCCGGAGAGGCGAGAAUGAUGUUCAGCUCAGGAGUCUUCUGGAUGGGCCUGUUCUUCAUCCCGGUCACUUCGCUGAUCUUUGACGUGGCCUACAAAGUUGUGAAGAAGGUGUGUUUCAAGACCCUGGUGGAUGAGGUGCAGGAGCUGGAGGCGUUAUCUAAGGACCCUGGAGCAGUAGUGCAUGGAAAGAGUUUGACGGAGAGGGCCCAGCUCCUGAAGAACGUCUUCAAGAAGAGCACGGUCAGUCUGUACCGCUCCGACUCCAUGCAGCAGAACCUGCUCCACGGCUACGCCUUUUCUCAGGAUGAGAACGGCGUGGUGUCUCAGUCUGAGGUCAUCAGAGCGUACGACACCACCAAACAGAGGACCGAGUGGUGAGCCGCCCGCCGCCCCUCCCGCUCCCAGUCGGACCGUCUGGAGCCGGAGCUGCCGCCUCCGCCGGGGGGACGUUUAACGGACAGCGGCGCCGGUGGGAGGCUAAACUCCCAGCUCCGGAGGGAAGCUAUGGACAAAAAGAUUGACUGAGGGGAAAAAUUGCGGAGAAAAAAAAAAAAAAAACGAAGAAGAAAAGAAAAAACUCACACACAGAGAAGGAAACAAACCGUGUUCACUAUCAGCUUUGUUUGUGUGUCCGGCAGACUCGAUGAGCACUGUGCAUUUUUUUGGCAUCCUGUGGUCUGAAGUUCCUCACUGUUCUCGCUCGGUUCUCGACGGAACCGCGAACCCCCUCCCUCCUGUUGAACGACGGCUUUUCAGCACCGAGCCUGAAGCACUCCUAAACACUGUUAGCAGGCAGGUAGAAAACAAACCAACAAGAGCGAUCCCAACUGGUCAGAGAUUGCCAAAGAGCAGUCGCGUAUACAAUCGUCCAAGUACUAGUGAAUUCGGACAAUUUUAUACCAAAUGCAGGAUAAAUGUUCUCCAGACCACUCCAGAGCAAAUGUUUGUAACGUUUUAAGUUUCCUUUUUGCACUUAAGUGAGCAUCUCGCGCGGCGCCUUACAUCUGCUCAUGCCUUUCGUCCCCUGCUCUCUUCUCUGUUUCGCUCCUUUUUGUUUUCGGCUUUUUAAACAAUGUAGACGCAGCGCCCGGUUUUUUAACUCGCCUCGGCUUUUUAGUUUGUCUUUUGAGGCCGACAGUAGUCCUGUUUCCUCCUCUCUCUUUAACAGCCGGAGCUCUGCUCUCGACAUAGAAUCGCAUUCCACACAUCACUCCUGUCUCAACGAUCACAGCGGUGCCUACCUGAAACUUUUCCCUCUUAGAAGAAAAAGAUUGCCAAGAAUAAUUUAGUGCUACUUUGAAACUCUCUCUCUCUUUCUCUCUCGCUCGCUCUCUCUCGCUCACACACACACACCUAAAGACAAAACCACUGUCUGAACUCCACAGUAUUGCACUCCUGCAGUGUUUAAAACUACGGAUCUGCUCCUGCAGAGUUGACCUAAAGGCGAGCUCACAGUAGUGGUAGUGCCCCCCCUCCCCCCCACAAAAAAAAAAAAAAUGGACAUUUUAUCCCUUCAAACAUAAGUGCCAUUAGCUUAAGGGAGAGAAAUAUUAGCCAGGAAAACUCCGCAACGGUAUCAAAACUACUUUGUCUCUGUGGUUCUUUUGUGAAUUUGUAUUUUUAUAUUGGAGAUCUAUGACUUUUUGCAUUGAUUGGCUUUGUAACGAAUCGUCUGUAACUUUUCAUUUUUUCGGCGGGGUGGAAUGGAUCCGACGUGGAAAGUGAGCUUUUUAAACGUCUCGUUGUUAUUAAUAUGAAUAUUAUUGUUCCUGCUCGGUUUGAUUUUAUGUUUGACUGAUCCGUGUCCGUGUGAUUGCUUUCUUCUCCCUAUGGGAGAUCGGAUUUCCGACUGUGCGUGUGUGUGUGCUUGUCACUUCAUAGCCUGCUCGCGCAUGUGCCGUACGCGUGGGUGCGUGGACUGCAUGUGUUCGUCCUCCGUGAGACUGGGAGUCCCGGCGUGUUGCGUUUAUGAUCUGGAUGAGUGUGUGUGUGUGUGUUGAUGCUUGCUCCAGUUGUCCGUCUGCACGACUUCAGGUAUAAUUCUAAUUUAUAUGUGUGUGCUGCUGCAUGGCCCGUUUAGGGGAAUGUCUGUGUGCAGGGUGACUGUGUGUGUCUGUGUGUGUGUGUGUGUGUGUGUGUGUGUGUGUGUGUGUUCAGCUCGCUUUUACACAAAGUGUUGCACAAUGCACUCAAUGUACCUUUCCAGUGGUUCAUAUCUGGUAUGGUCUAGUUUCUGAUUUCUGAAGACUGUAUAUGUUUGUAACUCGUUUUACUUCCUACGAUGUACCUCUGCUCUACAGGAAUGCUCUUUUGUGUUUUCGGAUACUUUUCUUGUUUUCUGCUUGUUAAUGGCGUAAAAAGUGAACUGGCUGUUGGACAUUUCCAAAGCAGCCGAAUGUGGAUGAUGCCACCGCCGCCGCGGUGGUGGUGGCGGUGGAAGGCUCGGACCGUCGCUUUUUCGUUUUCCGCAGAGAACUUAAAACGUCGUCGUCUGUGAAGGUCGUGGGCUGCAUGACAGGAUAACGCAAACUGUUCUCCGACGUGUUAACUGUGCUACUCAGAAUCUCCCUCGAGUGUUGAUCACUUUGCAAACGACGGAAAAAGAAAAUGCACCUUUAACUUUUUUUUUUUUUUCUUUUUAACGUCCGAUUCUGUUCAUUUGUUCAAUGAUUGUUCUGCAUGUUGGGACUGCAAACCUAUUAAGUGUUGUCUUUUACUGCCAUGAAGGACUACUGAAAUAAACUUUACAAUCAUGGAGGAACAGUGCA